AGAUGUGAAUAACGGUCGCAACAGCCUUAAAGCCUAAUUUGGUUUGCAGGGCGGGGAGAAGCUCCUCUGAGGCUCUGCUCGAGUGAAGGAGACGAGGAGUCCGCAGCCACGACCCCCGCGCCGCUGCACGUCCCGCCGACACGACGAAGUUUUCUCUCUGUGGCUGAUUUGAUAAAUCCCAGGAAGUGACUCCGAACAGGAAGAGCCUCGUAUCUCACAGGAGCCGUUUGAUCUUCCCACAUCUCCUAAUAAAUCAUGGCGAUAGUCCUCCACUCCAGCCCCCUCCUAUGGACAAGGGUGGCCGCCAUGAUCUUCUCCUGCGUGGCCUUCUCCCUGGCCGUGCAUGGAGGCCGACUCUUUGGCGGAACCGGAGACUGGUGCAUCUUCUGCUGGGCCUUCAGUUUCGCCGGGACUCUGCUCGUCAUCCUGGUGGAGCUCUUCGGCCUCCAGGCCAGAGCUCCCGUUUCCUGGAAGAACUUCCCCAUCACCUUCGCCUGCUACGCCGCCCUGCUGUGCCUGUCGGCCUCCAUCAUCUUCCCCCUCUACUUCCUCAAGGGCUCCUCGGGCCACGGUGACAUCGGCACCUACCGCAUCGUGUCGACCGUCUUCUCCUGCCUGGCCACCAUCGCCUACGUGACCGAGGUGAGCAUCAGCAAGGCGCGUCCGGGCGAGGUGGCCGGCUACAUGGCCACGGCCCCCGGCCUGCUGAAAGUCUGCGAGACCUUUGUGGCCUGCGUCAUCUUUGUCUUCAUCAGCGACCCCGUGGUGUACGACCGAAACCACGCGCUCAAGUACUGCAUGUCCGUCUACUGCAUCUGCUUCAUCCUGUCGGCGGUCAUCAUCCUGCUGUGCAUCGGCGAGUGCACCGGCUGCCUGCCCUUCCCCUUCGCUCGCUUCCUCUCCGCCUACGCCCUGCUGGCCGUGGUCCUCUACCUGUCGGCGACCAUCGUCUGGCCCAUCUUCAACUUUGACCCCAAGCACGGCGGCUCGAAAGAUCGGCCGAGCCAUUGCAACUCCGACAUGGGCCUGUGCGGUUGGGACAAGCUGAUGGCGGUUGCUGUGCUCACGGGGGUCAACUUCGUCCUCUACCUGGCCGACCUGAUCUACUCCUCCCGCCUGGUGUUUGUCAGCGCUUGAGGUCGGGAAAAAAAAAAAGGGUGUACGGCCGGCAGAUAAAACCCAAUCUGGCUGCAUCUCGAACCGCCGUCAAAUGUGGCGGUGCUAUGAAAUGCUAUUGUAAUCUUGUCAAACGGCCUCCACGUGACGGAGCCCAUGGGUCACGAUGGUCGCUGGUGUAGUUUACUGUGUGCUUAUAAUUUAGAAAUUUGCAUGUUGAAGUAUUUGAUUUUUCAGAAUUGAGCUGGUGCAACACAAUAGUAGAGGAAGUACCAGGGACUCGAGCUCUCGCGUAAUGGAGUUAAGAUCUAACCGGAGUUUUGGCCGGAGUCUCACGGUUCUGCCUCUGCAAACCUGCCAAAUUAGCUUUUGUGUAACGCAAACUGCUUUGGACCUCAGCGGGAGAGAGAAGGGGGAGAGGUCGAGGUCAAUGGCUGUGUUUAAACGUACAACAAUGUUCCCUUAAUGUUCUGCCCAUGUGAUAGAACGGGUCAAUGUCCACUCCAAUCGGCAUUAGACCUCCAUGUGAUCGCUGGAUCUUCUUUUUGUUCGUUAAGCAGAUUAUUGCCCUUUAUCAAAUACAAACAUAGAAGAUGUUUAGUGAGCUAUUUAAAGAAUCUCAACAAGGACACAAGCUAAGAUCCCAAGUACGUGUGCAUGUAAACAUAUCUGUGAUGACAAGUGAAGGAAGAACAAAGAUAUUGGCGGCUUUUCAUUGUGUUUUUUUUUAAAUCUUUUCAAUAAUGUUAUAAAAAAGACUGCUGAUCAGUAUUUCUGUGUUUAAUUGUUAGAGGACAAAGUGUAGAACAUAUAAUGACUCCAUCAUUUCAUUCAUGCAAUUGACUGUUUAAUCUCCUCAACAGUAUAAAGAGCAGCUGAUCAGAUUGUUUUCUUUAUGUCAUUUUUAAUGUUGUCACAUUUACAGAUGAGUAAGAGUUUACACAUUGAUAAGAUGAUGCCGGCUUGCUUUUUUUGCUCCUGUUAUGAUAAUUGCGUAUCUGUAUCUGCAGCUACAAUCAAUGGGAAGAAUAUAUUUGUGAAAAGAACGUAAGAAUGUGGAGUUUAACAAAAAGAGAAAAUUAUAUUUAAAGUGCACUUAAUAUCAGUGUGUAUAAAUGUCUAUUAACACCAAACUCACGCCACUAAAUUUAUAUGUGUUGUCAAUUGGCUCCUUUGGUUUUGUACUGCUGUAUUAACAACUCAGAGAAAGAGACCACAGGGGUGGUGUUAGUGUUAUAUUCAUCUGCGUUUUUAUAUUCCACACAGUUUUGACUGUGCGUACCACAUCAGUGUUGUAUGAAAAUAAUCCGGUAUGUCAAUAAAACCACAUGUUGAAUGUG